AAGUCUCUCUUGAACCACGACCACAACGCUGACGAAGACAAGGAAGAUAACGAAGGUCUCCGGGAACUAAGCAACAAACUACUUUUAUAUCCUGUCUCCUGCGCGUUAGAAAAUUGCCAUGUCGAGGCCCAACCAUGCUAGUCGAGCCCACAAGGUGUACCAUGCGGGCAAACGACACAUGGAACUCAUCGCGUCUGUUAGUCGAAGCAGUGGUCUGGAAAAAGAUGGCGAUGCGCUGAGGGACUUUAAAGUACAAGAAGAGUACCGUGCGUUCAUCGAAGACAAGCUCCAGGACUACUGGAAACAGUAUCGCGAUGAUGCGAACAAGGUGGCGAGCAAGAAGCAGCGGGAAGACGUUGAGGGGAACCUUCUCAUAUUAUUCCGUAAAUUGCGAGAAGGCUUACUAUCAACGAAGAGGACCGAUACAUUCGCCUUAGAAGUCUACGAGACAUCACUACAUCUGUCAAUUCUCUUCAAUUCCCCCGGUCAAACAACCUCCAUCAUCACCCAUCUACUACCCCAUUUGUAUUCGUCUUUUACAGAACUGCCCUCGACCACCCGAUCUACCGCCCUCCUUUCCCUCCUGCAUUGCCUUGUAUCUGGCUACCCAUCACAAAGUCGAUUCUUUGAACAUAUGGCUACAUUACCGGAUGCUUUCGUGCCGAAGAAAUCAGAGCAGGGUCGUUGGAUAGCGGCGCUCGCUUGCAGCCUCCGGACUCGCAACUACACUAGGCUCUAUAAUCUGACCGAAAACAAGACACUAGUCACCUUGCUGCCUCAGUCUCUCCCGGACUGUCCUCCCAAAUCUGAAGUGACGCAUACGCUGAGCCAGGACAAUUCUUCUAACGGACCACGACAUCUGGCUCGUGACGCUCUAUUCACAUUAAUCGACAACCUACGAUCGAAGGCAAGAAACACGACGUCGCUUGUCCUUCGCAGUGCAUAUCGGGAGCUUCAUUGCGAUAUAUCAUCCAAAGGCACAACUGGCACUGUGUCCCCUACUUGUCAUUGGCUUUGUCGAUCACUAGCUUUGCCGUCUGUUUCGCCAGAGUAUGUGGACGAUGACACUGUUGUGUUUCUUAUCGACAAGUGGCUACAGGAGAAGCGAGCUGCUGAAGAAAUUAGACCCAAGGAAGGUGUUGAGGGACGAUGGAUACUCUGUAAAGUCAAAGCUUGACUACCUAAUACUUGCAGGUCGAAUUCGUUGGAUCCCUCAAAGAAAAGUGGGUAUAUUCAAGGUAUUUUAGUUCCAUGCUUGUUUUCUGUAUAGCUCUGUCUAGGAUCUCCUCUGCAUGUUGUAUCCGCUGUCUGGUGCGCAAAGGAAGAUAUUUUUCUGUGCAGUUAGGCGCUUGUGGAAGGCUUUGCCAUAUAGGGAUAUGCCAGGCUCGAUAAGGAAACAUUUGGUUUCAGUUUCAAACUCGUUUCAACUCAUCAACUCGGUCUGCUAGUUCUAACCCGAAUGAUAACUCUCAAGGCCAACUGAGGCGGAGGUCCCCAUUUGGCCGAACCAUCCGCAAUCGAGAAAUACAGUAGGGUACGAGAAAGCUAUCCGCACUCAUGACAUGUGUUAUUGUCAUGGGAUGGCUUCUCUGAAGUGUGGUACACUAGUGGACAUUACUUGCAGUCAUAUUGC